GAAGGACGCGGGGGCAAGAGGCUCUGGAGGGAAUGCUGAGAGCGGCAGGACGGCUCCAGAUCAGAGAGCGUCACAGCAAGAGGCAGUACGGAGUCACGGCCACGGGCACGCGUUUGGAAGCUGCACUGCCUAGGAAGGCUUCCUGGAGGAGAGGAGGUGGAGGAGCUGUGUCUGUCUGGAGCACUCGAGAGAGGAUGGCCACCAGAGACCCCGGGGCCUGAGUGGGGAAACGCUGGGCAGACUCUUCCCAUACAGGAUGGGUUGUGCUUCCCUGAGGCAGAGGCAAGGGGCUGGCCAGGCACUGAACGUAGCCACAGAGCCGAGAGUGGUGGAAGCCGAAUGCCCCGCUGACCGUCCCUCCCGCUCUGUGCCCGCAGGACGACGAGGACGACCGUGAGCUCGCGCCGCCGUGCGGGCGGGGCCAGGCCGGCGGCAGGACGGAGCCUGAUGCGUGCCCGGCGGCCCCAGGCCCAUGCCGCCCCCGGAGAAGAGCCGAGGCCCGGCGGCCCGGGCGCCCGCGAGCCGCGCUCGGGGCCGUCUGCCCGGACUGCCGUCGCCGGCGCUGUUCUGCGCCUGCGGCCUGUGCGUCCUGCUGGCGGGAGUGAACGUGACGCUGGUGGGCGCCUUCGCCUCCUUCCCGCCCCGGAGCAACGCGCCGCUCGUGGUGGGGCCGGCGCUGCUGGCGCUGGCGCUUGGCUGCUUCGCCGCCUGCUGCGCGUGUAGCCGCCGGGGCCCCGCGCCCGGUCCGCGCUCGGCUGCGGCCUGGGGCCCAGGCCGGGGCGGCGGCGGCGGGCCGGUGGCGCUGGAGAUGGAGAGCAGCGAGCGCACGGCGCAGGACACCACGGCCGUGCAGCUCAGCCCUGCCGCCUCGGCCGCGUCCUCGGGCCGCUCCAGCCCCGGCCCCUUCGCCCUGGACGCCCCCGCGCCCGCAGCCGUCUACGUGCCGCGCUCCGAAGGAGUCCAGCUCAACCUGCCCCGGGAGCGCGUCGCCCCCUAGCGGAGCCGGUGCCGGGCCCUGACUCCCCGUCCGGGCGCCCUCCGUUCGGUGCCACUUAAGAAAAAAGAGGAGUGGGAGAGAGGAAGGAAAAGAAAAGAGAAAAUGUUUCCAUAUGGGUCCGAUGCUGGGCACAGGUGGCCUCAUCUGUCCCACGUCUGGAACUUGUGGAAGGGAGAAUGUGACAGGGAGGAGGCACACUCACCAAAGGAGGGAGCAGUGCCUUGGCCCUUUAAAUGGGGUUGGCUGGGCCUUACUUUACCUCACUCCCCAGACUCGAUGAAAUGGGCCCCCCCCCGGACCUUCCAUCCCUCACACAACCACCGCCACCACCCAUGGCACGUGGGCACUGUGAACGGAGCCACUCUGAGAGGGUCGAACUCCCCAGCAAGGCCCCUGACCCCAGGGGUGGGGGGAAGCAGGGGCAGGGAGGAAUGUCAGCCUGGGCUGUCUCCUGUCCCUACACACUGUGAAAGGCCACCAGCUUCCCCUUCUGCUCCUCCCUGCCCUCCUUGUCUCUAUCCCCAACAUGAUCUUUUGGGAUUAAUGGGGGGAAGGGGUCCUGAUUUGAGCCAGGGUAGUCUCCUAAGAUAGAGCUGGGUUGAGCACCUCACUGACUGGUAGAGCAGGGGGAGCUGCAGGUGAAGCACAGACAGGGGUGAAUGGUGAGCGCGGUCCUCCAACCAGGAAGGCCUCACUCAGUGUGAUCUGCAGUGUGCCAUCCCGAUGUGCCUCACUCCUCAAUAA